GCAGUUUUUUGCAAGAUGUCGUUGUUGCACUUAUUGCGUUACGUCAUUGUUUGUCUUUUCUGUGUAACGACACAGGCACGUUGUGAAAUUGAUGUCAAAAAUAAUAGUAUUUUCAAUACAAUAGAAUUUGAAGAGAGUGUUGAAAGUGUUGAUAGUGUUGAAAUUAUUAAUGUAGCUACUACCGAUAGUAUUGUUGAUGAUAAGAUUGGUGAUGGCCUGGAAAUUGUUAAAAAUAGCCUGCAACUGUUAUUUUUGAAGAAACUCAAGUCAGUUUAUGUUUUAUCGAAUUCUUCGAAUGAACAAUGUCGAAAUGCAAGUCGAGUUUAUUCAUUAGCAUUGGAUGAGCAUGAAUCUUGGGCGUUAAAGUUAUUAGAUGCUUCAUCAAAGCUACAAUCAGGUUUAAUUACCGGCAAUUUAAUUGAAUUUGGAAGUUAUACACAAUGUGUGCAUGUUCUUAAUGCCGGUCCUGGAAGAAAUAUUAAUGGAAAACAUUGUUUAUUAAAUGUGCUACCUUCCGAAGAGCUGAUGAAGAAGAUUUUGUUCUACAGGGGAAUUACAGCACAAUCUUAUCGAAACGUUCGUUUGGUUUUUCUUAAUGUAACUUUGGGGUGGUCUAUUUGUCUCCCAGAUGCAUGUCAACCUGCUGACGUUUUUGAACAUUUUGAACACUAUGUAAAUGAAAUCUUUGAAGGUCUCAACAUAACUUUACAGCCUGAUAUUGCGUGUUCAACUCUGGUUGAUGCUGAAACACCAUUUAGCAACGCUGAAAAAGCAGUAUUUGGAUUAAUUGUUGCGUUGUGUACACUUGUCAUUAUUUCAACAAUAGUGGAAAUGUACAAGCGUAGAAAAGACAUUGACGAAGGUUAUGAAAUUGUUUUCUCUAUUCUGGCAAAUUCAAGAUGGCUGAUUGCAAAAAACAAACACCAUCAACAGAUGGCAUGUCUAAAUGGUAUAAGAGUAAUGAGUAUCAUAUUUGUUAUUAUGGGACAUCGAUAUUUAAUGUCCAUAUUCUUUGCAUCAGUCAACACGUUUGAAUUUUUAGAUUGGUUGUUAUAUUACUCAAGUCAAUUAGUGAUUGGGGGUACAGUGACAGUUGAUUCAUUUUUAAUGUUGAGUGGACUUUUACUUGCAUAUCAUUUAUUAUUGAAUCAUCAUAAUGGUCAAAAAUUUAAUUAUCCUCUUUUUCUUCUACAUCGCUUUUUACGUUUAACACCAUCAUAUGGUUUUGCCAUUUUGGUUAUCACUGUGUUUGGCCAUCGUUUUGGCAUGGGACCAACCUGGGAAGAAAACGCGCGGUUUGUACAAGAAUCCUGUCAAAUGUACUGGUGGUCCGCCAUUUUGUAUAUGCAAGCGUAUGUCAAUCCUGCUAAAAUGUGCUUUCUACAAAGUUGGUAUUUGAGUAUUGAUACAUUUUAUUAUGUGACGGCGCCAUUAUUAUUGAUUCCGGUAACAAUGAAUAAAUACGCUGGUUUUGCUUGGAUUCUGGUUGUGUACAUCGCUUCGGUUGUGGUUAACUUCAAGCAGUCAUUUGAUUGGCAAUGGGUUGUCAAUGCAUUAUUAGAUAAAAAUCUAUCCACAUCUGAUUUUUUCAUAAAACACUAUAGCCAACCUCAUAUCCGCGCCUCUCCUUACAUCCUCGGCAUAGUUUUCGGUUAUAUUUUAUUCAAAUAUCGUGAGAAAAAAGUUGUCAUGUCUCCAUGGUUAGUUGCUUUUGGAUGGACAGCCUCUAUGACUUUAAUGGCUGUGAUUAUCCUUAGUAAUCGUAUAUUCCUUGAUCCGCACUAUACCUACGACCCUCUAGGAUCAGCAAUUUUCAUCUCAACACAUCGAUCAGUAUGGGUGCUUUCAUUAGCAUGGCUGAUAUGGGCAUGCAUACAUGGAUACGGUGGACCAAUUAAUACUCUACUAUCAAGUCACGUAUUUUCAAUUUUUGGCAAACUUACUUACUCUGCGUACUUAAUUCACAUGCAGUUUCAAUUCUUUGACAAUGGAGCUAAUAAAAUGCCUAAUUAUUUUUCGAAUUUAUCAUUGCUUCGUACUGGGUUUGGUGAUAUUGGGAUGUCGUUCUUUAUUGGUUACUUUUUGACUAUUUUAGUGGAGUGCCCAAUGUAUAGAUUAUCCCUAUUGUUGUUUAAAGGACGAAAAAAGGUUUCUCCUAAUGUGACAGUUGUAAAAAUGAAAAAUCCAAACAAUUAAUCAUAAAAUCUUAAAAACACUUAAAGAUAACAUUAUUUAGUUUAUUUUAUGUAUCUGUAACACUUAUGCACAAUAAAAUGUAUUCGUAGAAAUUUA